AUGGCGACCAAGAUCGAUCCCGACGCUGUUGUUGUUACUGUCAUUUUGGAUGCACUGCUGCUGUUCUACCUCUCAAAAUGGCGCCAGGACACUGUGGACGAUGCGCCGCAGGCCUGGGGAUUCGUGUCGAGGCUCUUUCUAGGGUCUGCAGGUGUACUGGCUUUGCUUGCUUGUUUCUCUCUCCACAAUGCUCGAAACACCCGUUGGGCAUUUGGCCUGCACUUUGUCGAAAUCAGAGACCUACUGACGGACAGCACGGUGGCGUCGCUGGGGCUGAUUUUGGGAUUUUAUGUCAUGAGUGACAUGCAUCCUAGCACGUUGGGGAUGAUUGUCACGGCUUCAGGCGUUUAUGCCCAUCAGCUCGUCCGCAUGCUGCAGGCCGCGCUACCCAUGGGCGGCUCUCUGCCCUACAUGAUAGCUAGUGGUCUUACGAUAGUCGGCGUCGGCCUACUUUUACGAUACGAAAAAGAUAUCGCCAACGCCUCUGGUUCUUCGUCGGGAGAUCCACGACUCAUCAGGUUUCUCUUGAUGUGGUACGUUGUCCUCGUUGGCGUCCUCUGUGGAACCUACCUCAUCUUCUUCCCGGACUUCAACUCAACCGAUACCCUAUCCUUCCCCGAUCUCCUCUCUGCCGCCAGUACCAAUUCCGACACCUGGAUCGCGAGAGCGAAUCAGAGCUCCACACUCGAGGGCGUGGCGAACGAAUAUCAACGGCGUUAUGGUGUGGCGCCGCCUCCCAACUUUGACAAGUGGUUCGAGUACGCUGUCGCUAACGGUUCGCCCAUCAUCGACGACUUCACCCAGAUUAACGACGAUUUACUUCCUUUUUGGGGCGUUGCGCCGAAGGUCCUACGAGAUCGUACCAAGCAUUGCUUGGAGAUUCCGUGGCUUGGCAUGGGAGGCAUUCGGAUUCGUGGAGGAAAGGUCAACGUGGCUCCCGGUACGCCUGGAUCUCACAUGUGGAUGAUGACCUCUAUGAAGGACAUGAUUGAGGACUUUGCCGAGCAUCUUCCCGAUAUGGACUUUGCCAUCAACCUGAACGACGAGCCUCGCGUGGCGAUCCCAUUCGAAGAUAUGUCUAGCCUUCACAGCGUUGGCAUGGAAUCGAAGACAAAGCUCCUCCAUUCGAACGAUCGAAAGACGUUUGAUAGAUCCAAGUCAGCAGUCUGGGGUGACGACGAUGCUGUCAAGGGACCUGAGCAGCGGUCCCCCUUUUUCGAGGACCGCAUCCGAGAUCAAAAUUACUACGACUUUGUCGCUCCAACUUGUCCACCUGACUCGGCCGCCCGGAAUACGAGAUGGUGGAGCCGCAAGGAAGCGUGUCGUGGAUGCCUUCUGCCGCAUGCUAUCCGCGUCUUUGAGGCGCUCGAGAACCCCGUUGUGUCAAACUGGACCUCGGCGACAGACCUCUGCCACCAACCAGACUUGGCGUACCUUCAUGGGUUUUUACUAUCUCCUGCGCCAGCCCUUUUCACUAGAGAUGCGUUUCCCGUGUUCAGCCAAAGCAAGACGUCAGGGUUUGCCGAUAUCUUGGUGCCUUCGCCUUGGAAUUACGAUGACAAGGCCGCGUAUGAUGAGAACGAGGACAUGGAAUGGAGCAAGAAGAAGAACAUUAUGUUCUGGAGGGGGUCAUCGUCGGAUGGGUAUGCAGCCUGGGGCUCGUGGCAGGGUUUCCUCAGGGCACGGUUCGUCCAUGCUGCAAAGUCGAUAACGAGGAUUGCCAAACUCCAACAGGAUGGUCAGACACAAGUCUUGGGACCAGAUGAGCUGCCCAAUUUUGACGUUGGCUUCGUGAGCAGAUGGACCAAGUGCCACCGACAGGACUGCCAGAGCGAGAAGGAUACCUUCUGGGGCAUCGGCCAGGACUCACCCGACAAGUCCCAAGUCCCCUUCACUGACCACUGGAAGUACGCACACCUGAUGGACCUCGACGGCGCGGGAUUCAGCGGGCGCUUCAUCCCUUUCCUCCGCAGUAAGAGUCUCGUAUACCGCUCCGGCCUCUUCCGGACUUGGUUUAAUGAGAGGGUCCACGCGUGGCGUCACUACGUCCCCGUCGAUGUGCGACUCCACGAGCUGUGGGAUCUCCUGUCGUACUUUGGGAUUGACACGGAAGGCAAGAGGCGAGCAGAGGCCAUUGCGGAAGAAGGCAGGGCGUGGAGCCGAAAGGCGCUCCGGAGAGAAGACAUGCGUGUUUACAUGUUCCGGCUACUGCUGGAAUGGGGACGACUUGUGGAUGAUGAGAGGGAUCAACUUGGUUUUGCGGUUUGA